CUUCAUUUUCUUAGACUGUUUGGCAGCCAUGAAUGCCCUCGAAGCCACCAGUCACAACUUUAAGCAGGCAGCAUGCAGCAAGGAUACUUGGCUUGGAUGCUAAGCUUGAGAAGAACCUUUUGAUCCCCUUUAGAGAAGUCAAAGUUCAAUGCACAAUUCCUAGAGAUGAUGGUACUCUUGCAUCCUAUGUCGGAUUUAGAGUCCAGCAUGAUAAUGCUCGUGGACCUAUCAGAGGCGGUAUCCGUUACCAUCCUGAGGUUACGUACUCUGCCAUGAUUUCUAGGCCUAGUAUUUCAGAUGAGGUGAAUGCAUUGGCACAGCUAAUGACAUGGAAGACAGCCGUGGCAGAUAUUCCCUAUGGUGGAGCAAAGGGCGGGAUUGGCUGCAAUCCUGAAGACCUCUCUACAACUAUAUCUUACAGGCUCGUUUUGGACAGACAAUGGCAUGGAUGCUGGAUGAAUACUCAAAGUUUCAUGGAUACUCCCCUGCAAUUGUUACCGGCAAACCCAUUGGAUGCUGCAACAGGGCCUGGAGUUGUUUUUGCAGCUGACUCUUUACUUGCUGAACAUGGGAAGUCAAUAGCUGAUAUGAAGUUUGCCAUACAGGAGCUUAUAACAUUCUAUUUCCUAAAUUCUUUUAUUCAUCAGAAGGGGGGAAAGAUAGUUGCAGUCAGCGACAUCACAGGUGCAGUGCGAAACCCAGACGGAAUUGAUAUCCCUGCCCUGCUGAAGCACAGAGAAAGCAAUCAAAGUAUGCAGGAUUUUGAAGGUACAGAUGCCAUGGAUGCUAAUGAGUUGCUUGUUCAGGGAUGUGAUGUUCUCAUACCCUGUGCACUUGGUGGAGUUCUAAACAAGGAAAAUGCUGCAGAUGUGAAGGCAAAGUUCAUCAUAGAAGGUGCAAAUCAGCCAACUGAUCCAGAAGCAGAUGAAAUUUUAUCCAAGAAAGGGGUGCUUAUUCUCCCGGAUAUUUAUGCAAAUUCUGCUGGAGUAACCGUGAGUUACUUUGAAUGGGUUCAGGAUUUAUGAGGGAUGAAGAAAAGGUGAACUGCGAACUGAAGAAGUCCAUGAAGAAAGCAUUUAAUGAUAUCAAGUCCAUAUGCAAGACUCAUAACUGCAACCUGAGAAUGGGAGCUUUCACCCUGGAAGUGGACAGGGUGGCUUGAGCCACUCUGUUGAGGGAUUGGGAGUAAUUCGAGUAUUCAUCCAAUCCUCUGGUACUGGUGAAAAAUUUGUAGAGACUUUUAAUCCUAGUUAGCUGCCCUGCUUUCCCUUGUGGUACUCUAUCAGGCAAUGGCUAGCUAAGGCCUGAAAAUU